GGCGGAAAAAGAAUGACAUCACAGGUUUGACAUGGCGCGGGAAGCCCGGGAAGUAGGAGAGAUGGAGGUUCUCGGAGAAGUUGACGCAGAGUCGGACUGUCUCUCUCCUUCGGCGCUGAAACUGUACGAGGCACAGUUUUUCGGCUUCACCCCGCAGACGUGUAUGUUGCGGGUCUACAGCGCCUUCAAGGACUGCCUGUGCGACAUUUUGCCCGUGGUGGAGAAGGUGUGUGUUAGAGAACUGAGCAAAGGCGAGUCUGACGCGGCCGAUGAGCUGCUCCGGACCCGAGCCCGUGAGUGCAGCCGGAAGCUACAGCUCUUUCUCGAAGAACGGUUCAAGCAGCUGUCGGAGCGGAUGGAGACGCUGCUGACGAACCGCUGCUUCUCCGUGCCGCCAAAUGUCCUGCUUCCCGAGGACCAGUCACACAAGAGCUACCACCAAGACCUGCAGGAGGUGCUGAGGCUGGAGUCGUCCAUGACAGACCUGCAGAGAGCUUAUGAAGCAGAGGUUUGUGCCAGGCAGGAGCUGCUGGCUGAGCUGGAGGAGCAGAAGGAGGUGCAGGAGCAGCUGGACGGGAUCCUGACAUGGGUCACAGAGCUGGAGGCAGCGUGGGUGAAGGAAGGUAACGGUAACUUUAGUCAAAGUUUCCGACUGGUGAUGGAGUCGGUAAAGAAGCUGCAGGAGGCUGUGGGCGAGGUCUACAAGAAAGUGCCGAACUGAACUGAACUGAAAUCGCACUGCUUCCUCUUUUCUUUUUUUUUUACUAUUUUUGUCGGACAUCCCUCCAGAACUUAAAGAGUAAUCUGUGUAUUCUUUUAAUUUUUUUUUACAACCAUAGCGAAAUGUAAAUAAUAAAACAGUUGGGUGUA